UGCAACUAUUCCUCAGGCGACAUAUAUGUGAAAAGAGGGAAAAAAAAAACUUGAUGAAUAUACAUUCUCCAUGAUGAGGAAAUUUCUAACAAAAUUUUCAGGUGUAUAAGUUUUAAAAUAUCAAACAGGUUUCACUUCAUUAAAACAAAAUAUUUAGCUGUCACUUUAAGGUGGUUCCGCAAAUAUUAUGCUGAAACUUUAUAUAAGCUAAGGUUGGGUGAUAACACUCAUUUUUAUGGAUUAUCGUGGUCUUGGAUCUUCUUGUCGGAAAUACGCCAAGCUUAUUUCUGCGACCAAUUGUCACAUUGCUAACUCUUCAUUUCACUUCCGUUUGCGCCAUCCAUGUUCCUCACAUCAUUCCACCUUAUCCUAUGUGUCAUCACCACCACCACUAGGUGCUCUUCAUGCCCAGUAUUUGAAGAAUGGUUCUCUUCAAACUUUGAACUCAGCUAACUAUAUCUUGAAUCUCUACGUUAAAUCCAGCAACUUAGACCAUGCCCACAAGCUGUUUGAUGAAAUUCCCCACAGAGACACUCAGACAUGGACCGUCCUCAUAUCAGGUUUUGCUAGAGCUGGCUCUUCAGAGAUGGUCUUUAGUCUUUUCAGAGAAAUGCAGGCAAAGGGUGCUUGUCCAAAUCAGUAUACAUUGUCUAGUGUCUUCAAGUGCUGCUCAGCUGAAAAGAAUCUUCAAUUGGGUAAGGGAGUCCAUGCCUGGAUGCUCAGAAAUGGGGUUGAUGCAGAUGUUGUGCUGGUGAACUCUAUCCUUGAUCUUUACUUGAAAUGCAAGGCUUUUGAAUACGCAGAAAGGUUGUUUGAGUUGACCGGUGAGGGAGAUGUCGUGACGUGGAAUAUAAUGAUUCGUGCAUAUCUCGGUGCAGGAGAUGUGGAGAAGUCUCUUGACAUGUUCAGGAACUUGCCUAGCAAGGAUGUUGUGAGUUGGAAUACAAUCAUCGACGGGCUGAUACGAUGCGGUUAUGAAAGACGUGCGCUAGAACUACUGUUCUGUAUGGUGGAAAAUGGGACUGAGUUCUCUGAAGUCACGUUCUCCAUAGCUCUCAUUUUGGCUUCUUCUUUAUCACUGGUGGAGCUUGGGAAACAACUUCAUGGGCGGGUCAUAACAUUGGCCUUGAAUGGUGACAACUUUAUAAAUAGCUCACUUGUAGAAAUGUAUUGCAAGUGUGGGAGAACGGAUAAGGCAUCUGUAAUUCUGAAAGAUGUACCUCUGAAUUUGUUGAGAACAGGGAAUUCUGGAGGAAUAGUUCCAUGGAAUUCCAUGGUUUCUGGUUAUGUUUGGAAUGGAAAGUAUGAAGACUGUUUGAAAACUUUCAGGUCAAUGGUUCAUGAACUGGCUAUAGUGGAUAUUCGAACUGUUACAACCGUUAUAUCUGCUUGUGCUAAUGCUGGACUUUUGGAAUUCGGCAGGCAGAUGCAUGCCUACAUUCAGAAAAUUGGACAUAGAAUAGAUGCUUAUGUUGGUUCCUCCUUAAUUCAUAUGUAUUCUAAAUCCGGUAGCUUGGAUGAUGCCUGGGUGAUUUUCAGACAAAUCAAUGAACCAAAUGUUUUCUUGUGGACUUCAAUGAUAUCUGGCUGCGCGCUACAUGGUAAAGGAAAGCAGGCAAGUAGUCUUUUUGAAGGAAUGUUGAAUCAGGGUAUUGUACCGAAUGAGGUUACUUUUUUAGGGGUUAUAAAUGCAUGCAGCCAUGUAGGGCUGCUUGAAGAAGGCUCCACAUAUUUUAGGAUGAUGAAAGAUGUUUAUUGCAUCAAUCCCGGAGUUGAACACUGCACUUCUAUGGUUGAUCUUUAUGGUCGAGCAGGUUGCUUAAUUGAGACAAAAAACUUUAUCUUUGAGAAUGGCAUCUCUCACUUGACCUCUGUAUGGAAAUCAUUUUUAUCAUCUUGUCGACUGCAUAAAAACAUUGAGAUGGGAAAGUGGGUUUCUGAAAUGUUGCUUCAAGUUGCACCAUCUGAUCCAGAAGCCUAUAUUUUGCUAUCAAAUAUGUGCACUUCUAAUCAUAGAUGGGACGAGGCUGCCAUGGUAAGGAGUUUGAUGCAUCAAAGAGGUGUGAAGAAGCAGCCUGGCCAAUCUUGGAUUCAGUUAAAGGAUCAAACCCACACGUUUGUCAUGGGAGAUAGGUCUCACCAACAAGACAAGGAGAUAUAUUCAUAUCUGGACACUUUAGUAGGAAGGUUGAAGGAGAUUGGAUAUUCCAGUGAUGUGAAUCCGGUCACGCAGGAUGUAGAAGAUGAACAAGGGGAAGUACUUAUUAGUCAUCACAGUGAAAAACUUGCGCUUGUCUUUGGUAUCAUUAACACUGCCAAUAGGACACCAAUCCGAAUCAUGAAAAACCUCCGCAUUUGUACCGAUUGCCAUAACUUCAUCAAGUACGCUUCUCAGCUUCUGGAACGUGAUAUAAUUGUGAGAGAUUCUCAUAGGUUCCAUCAUUUUAAGUAUGGUAGUUGCUCUUGUGGAGAUUAUUGGUGACAAAAGGUAAAGCAUAUGAUUACCUAGUCUAGAAUAUAGCCUUGAUGUUCUGAAACCACUCAUCAUAACUUGAUGGUGUGGCAUGUAAAUCUCAACAUCAGCCAUCUAAACCUUAUGUUAGCAAUGGAGCAAGAAUGAUAGCGGUAAUCUUCUAAAUUGUUGGUUCCAGGUUACUUCAUCAAGUAUCGCCUAAACUUAAUGGAGCAAGAAUGAUAGCAUUGGAGUGACAUCAAUUACCAAAGGUAUUAUUGAUAUAUAUUUCAAAUGCAUAUGCCAACCCAAUGAAUUUAUUAAAAGUUUUGUUUGGUAAAUAAAGCAAGUUUUUUAAUUAAUAGUUGUUUCUUGGCUUCAGCUAAAAGUUGUUUGCCUAUCCCUACUUUGUUGAAAGUUAAAACCAUUAGAUUUGCCUAUCCUGUCUUAUGUUUGUAAACUUUGACCCAGAACCCACCUAACCUUAUUGAAUCUUGAUGCUCAAGGGUUUGUACACCAAGGGAGCUCUGGCUCAAGUUUUGUCAUCUAUCAUCUAUGUUCUGGCUUUGCAGCUUCUAUUAGCCUGUUGAAAGCCAAUAUAGCACUUCAAUCUUCCCUUGCACUGCUCUCAUAUUCACUGUAAUUAAUCAGGCAUAGCACAAUGAGUUUUUUAUUUUUCCAAAAAUGAUGGUAAUUUAGACUGGAUUUGCUCCAGUGCUGUUUGUCUUAACAGUUAACAAUGUCUGAUGUAUUAAUAAUGUACACCAUCUAGUUUUAUCAAGAGAAAAUCUUACAAGAGUCUUUGUCCAAAAGAAUGUGUAAUAUCAGACAUAACUGAUUGAAAUAUUCUUAUCUGCUAAUCUGAAAGCAUGAAGAUUAUAUCGAAAAGGACAACUUGAUCUUGUAUUAUAUAAGUUGUUAUGGUCGUUAUAGGUAAGACACAGCUUAAGAAUUACUUGAUACGUCUAGCCUUCUAUAGGCAGAGUUAAAUAUGAUAGUUAUAGGGAUGCAUCAUUAGUACUUUUUACAGCUUCACACAAUCAUGGACUAGAUACUCAAACAACUUUGUUGGUUAAGAUAGAGACAAGAUUUCCAUUAUUUUGAGUGCUUAAUUUACAUUAACAGAAGUCUUAAAGUUAGAAUUCGGGCUAUGCCGAACUCUACCUCAUUUAUAAGGACUAUUUUAAUCAUAUUUUUCUAAUUAAUGUGAGACCUUUCAACACAACCACACCCAGGGUUGGACAUAUGGAACGCGAAAUUUGUAGGACUAGACAUUUGUUUGUGGCUCAAUAAAUGGAUCUAGAAUAGACUUUGAUAAUAACUUAGAUUGCAGGUUAGGUAUAACUCUACCCAAUCAUUGACUCUGGUAAUGGUGAGGAUCCCCUUCUAUUCACAGGACUACUUUGGUCAUAUCUUUAGUUAAUGUGAGACCUCACAUCACACCUACCACGCCUAGAGUUAGACAUAUAGAGCAUGGAGUUUGCAAGAUUAGACAUAUGUGGGUGGCUCAAUAAACAAAUCCUGAUUAGACUCUAAUAACAUCUUAGAAUUCAGGUUAGGUCUAACUCUACCCCUAUCAUUGACUUUGAUGAAGGUGGGGAUUCCAUUCUCUUUACAAGGACUAUUAUGGUCAUAUUUGUAGUCAUUCGCGACUUCUCAACAACAAAAAGAGUGUAUUAGUAUUUGAAAAUUACAAGUAUAUGAUAGUAUUAUAUACGUGGAUUUGUUACACAUGAUUCUUUUAACAAAAAUAAAAAAGAGUUAGAACUGGUUUAAGCUUGAUUAACUUGAUAAGGCUUCUGAUAAUCAACACACAUCAGAUUUAGUGAGUAAUGAACUGGAAGAAGGACAACUCAACCAGCCUCAACAAACCCAUUUUCUAUUCUUACAAUCAAUGAUGCCUUUGCUUCUUUGUACGUAUUCAAGAAAUAUCAGAUUUGGUCUCCAUCGCAACAUUUGGAAGUUUGCUUGGGAUGUACUACUUCUAGUUCGAGUAAAAAACAAGUAAACAAAAAGGAACAAACAUGGAUAUAUGGACUUUUAUUUUACAAGAAAAGUGAAUGCUAAACAUAUUGAAUCCAAUACAAUAAAGCGAAUCACGAUGUGUUGUGUGGUGGUUACUUACUUCGUCUUUUAACAAUGAUGUCGGGAGUUCGAUCGUUACUCCUACUCUUGGGAAUAAUGCACAUUUCAUAGUCAGUGGUUUACCGCUUAGUGCGAGCACCCGUGACGAGAAGAUUAGUCACUACUAUCGACAAUGGAUACCAUGGUAUAAAAAAACAAUAAACAAAAGGGGAAGGCUUAUUGUAGAAGAGAGGUAAGUGAAGGAAAUGGAUAGCACUAUGAAGG